AUGAAGGAUGAGGAGCCCUCUCCAGCCCAGCAGGAGGCUGCGGCUGAGCAUGAACAGACCACCGAGGAGGCAGAACCUUCUGCGGCCCAGCAGGAGGCUGCGGCUGAGCAUGAACAGACCACCGAGGAGGCAGAACCUUCUGCAGUGCAGCAGGAGGCUGCGGCUGAGCAUGCACAGACCAACGAGGAGGAAGAACCUUCUGCGGCCCAGCAGGAGGCUGCAGCUGAGCAUGCACAGACCACUGAGGAGGCAGAACCUUCUGCGGCCCAGCAGGAGGCUGCGGCUGAGCAUGAACAGACCACCGAGGAGGCAGAACCUUCUGCAGUGCAGCAGGAGGCUGCGGCUGAGCAUGCACAGACCAACGAGGAGGAAGAACCUUCUGCGGCCCAGCAGGAGGCUGCAGCUGAGCAUGCACAGACCACCGAGGAGGCAGAACCUUCUGCGGCCCAGCAGGAGGCUGCGGCUGAGCAUGAACAGACCACCGAGGAGGCAGAACCUUCUGCAGUGCAGCAGGAGGCUGCGGCUGAGCAUGCACAGACCAACGAGGAGGAAGAACCUUCUGCGGCCCAGCAGGAGGCUGCAGCUGAGCAUGCACAGACCACCGAGGAGGCAGAACCUUCUGCAGUGCAGCAGGAGGCUGCGGCUGAGCAUGCACAGACCAACGAGGAGGAAGAACCUUCUGCGGCCCAGCAGGAGGCUGCAGCUGAGCAUGCACAGACCACCGAGGAGGCAGAACCUUCUGCAGUGCAGCAGGAGGCCCCAGCUCUGCCUCCAGAGCCCCCUGUGGGUGCCAAACCUCCAGCAGUCCAGCAGGAGCACCCAACCCAGCCUCUAGCACCCUCUGUGGAAGACUCAAUUCAUCUUCCAUUGGAUGAUGAGAUGACAUUUUCACCUCUAGAUCUCCCUUAUAUAUUCAGAAGUCAUGAUUCAACACUGCCUAGUACAACAGUUACACAUGUGGAUGUGGAGCUCACCAUGACUACUCCAGAGCCUAGUGCAGAGGUUGAACCUUCUCCACUCCAGCAGGAGGGCCCUGCUAAGCCUUCAGUUCCCAUUGAGCAGGUUGAAUUUUAUCCAAUCCAAUCCCAUCCUUAUUCCCAAACUCCAGAUUCCCUUGAAAACAUUGAAUUUGAUGUAGCCCAGCAAGAGGCCACAGCUCAGAGUCCAGAUCCUCUUAAGGAGGUAGGCCUUUCUCCAGUGCAACAGGAGGCCCCUGCUGGGCCACCAGAGCCCUCUAAGGAGGUUGAACCAUCCCACCAGGAGACUCCAGGCCUGCAACUAGAACCCCCUAAAGAGGCCGAACCUUCUCCAGUCCCCCAGGAGGCUGCAGCUCCACCUUCAGAGCCACCUAAGGAGGUAGAACCUUCUCCAGCUCAGCAGGUGGCCCCAUCUCAACCUGCAGAACUCCCUGAGAAGGUAGAACCAUCUCCAGUCUAUCACGAGGCCCUUCCUCAGCCUCCAGGUCCCCCAGAGGAGGCAGAACCUUCUCCAGUUCUGCAGGAGGUCCCAGCUCAGGCUGCAGAGCCCUCUGUGGUGGUGGAAUCCUCCCCGACACAGCAGUUGGCCCCAGCUCAGCCUCCAGAGCCAUCUAAGGAAGUUGUAGGUCAACCUCCAAUGAAUUAUGAGAUGACGGUUCCAGCACCAAGUCAGGAUCAAGCUCCAAAUCCAACGACCAGUAUCACAGUUCAACCUUCGGAUGUGGAGGUUACCAUAACUCCAGAACCCAGUGAGGAGGCUGAACAUUCUACAGCCCUAAAGAAGACUACAGCUCCUUCUGCAAAGCCUCCCGAGGUAACAUAUCCACAUCCAGACCAGGCCCAGACUCAGCAUCCAAAGUUGACGCAAGUCACAGUUAAACCUUUGGACCUGGAACUUACCACAACUACAGAACAUACCACAGAGCUGAAACCUUCUCCCACCAGGCAGGAGACCACAACUCAGCCUCCAGACCUGGAGCUUACUGUAACUUCAGUAUCUACUACAGAGGCUGAGUACUCUACAGCCCUGGAGAAGAGCACAGCUCCACAUCCACAGCAGGUGCAGACUCAGCAUCCGAACCUGACUCCAGUCACAGCCCAACCUUUGGAUGUGGAACUUACUACAACUCAGCAUCCAUUGGUGUCUUCUGAAAACUACACCCCAGAAAAGAAUGCCAUGGAGAGCAUCAACCUCUGUGAGCUCUGUGUCUGCAGAGACGAGACACUGUCCUGUACUGGUCUCAGCCCAGAGCAGAGGCUCCGCCGAGUGCCUGUGCUAGAGCCCAAGACCUACAACGGCACCUUCACCAUCAUAAAUUUCCAAGGAAACGCUAUAUCUUCCAUUGAUAAGCAUGCGUGGGAAGCAUACCGCUGGACUGAGAAACUAAUUCUCAGUGAAAAUCAUUUGACUGAAUUACGUAAGGAUUCAUUUGAAGGCCUGCUCUCCCUCCAGCAUCUAGAUCUAUCUUGUAAUAAAAUACAGGCCAUUGAAAGACGCACAUUUGAAGCGCUUCCUUUUUUGAAGUCUCUAAAUCUUCGUUGCAACUUAAUCAGCGAAGUGAGCUUCGGAACAUUUCAAGCAUGGCACGGCUUUCAGUUUUUAAAUGAGUUAAUUCUCAAUCAUAAUCCUCUGACUACUGUUGAAGAUUCACAUCUUUUUAAAUUGCCAGCAUUAAAAUAUCUAGACAUGGGAGCAACACAAGUGUCACUUACAGCAAUUGAGAACACCAUCCUGAUGACUCUUGAAUUGGAAAAACUGAUCUUACCUCGCCAUUUGGCCUGCUGCCUCUGCCAAUUUAAAAAUAAUAUUGAGGUUGUCUGCAAGACAGUCAAGCUGCAUUGUGACAGUACAUGUCUGACAAGCACCACACAUUGUCGUGAGGAGGCAUCUAUCAGAAAUCCUGAAGGAGCUUUCAUGAAACUAUUAAAAGCUCGGAAGAAGAACACAAGCACUGAGCUGACGAUUGAGCCAGAGAAGGCAUCCUCAGACAAAACUGGCAUGAACUGGGCAAAUAUGAGUGAUCAAUUUGAACUUCAGCUAAACCAGCACCUACAAUCCCUCAUGUCCAACAAUGACAUGAGAAGUCUCAUUUCUCAUGUUAUCCAGACUUUGAAAACGGACUGCUCUGAGCCCCACACACAAAUGGCUUGUGCCAAGCUCAUCUCCAGAACAGGCCUCCUGAUGAAGCUUCUCAGUGAACAGCAGGAAGCAAAGGCAUCCGAGGCAGAAUGGGAUCCGGACCAAUGGAAAACUGAGAACUACAUCAAUGAGAGCCCAGGAGCCCAGGGUGAACAGAAAGACCAGGAGUCACCUGAGCUCACUAAAUAUGUUCCAGGAUAUGGCCAUGACAAGAAACUCAUCUUGGCAAUAUCCGUGACUGUCAUAGUGACGAUUUUGAUUAUAAUCUUCUGUCUCAUUGAGAUUUAUUCUCAUAGAAAAGUACCAGAAGGAUCCCCAAGGGGCUGUUUCAGAUUUCUGCGGCAUAGGAAAUUCUCAGAGAAAAAUCACUCUCAGAAGGGCCUUUUCCAUUUAAGGAAGCCUCUUUGGAUUAGGGAUAUGUACAAACGGCUGAGUGUGACCCACCAGAAAAACAUGGCCAAAAAGCUGCAUGAAAAGAAGUCUUCUGACGAGGCGCUCCUUGAAUCAGCCCGAACAGAGGACUCCGUGUACAUAGAUAUGCCUGACGAGGGAGAGGAAAGCGAGGUGCCCGAGGGGAACACAGAGUGACCCUGUCCUGCCUCAGGCCACCUGCAAAUCUUAUUUUCUCACCUUUCAGCACUGCGUAUAAAAUACUUUUAAAAUUGAAACAUAUAAAAUUCGUAAGCAAUUCUAGCUAUAUGGUAAGAAACUAAAAUGUAAAUAGUUAAAUAUUUAUAUAUAAUUAACCAGGGCCAUGGGCAAGCAAAGCGGGACUGAAGGUGGGAUCUCUCACGGGAGCCAGUGGUCCCACAGAGGCAAUGCAGGCAAAGGAUAAACAGGGCUUCUCUCCUUCGUUUCCCAAUAUAAUGAGUUUCUUGGAAACUUAAAAAUAUGUCAUCCUCAAGGGGUGUAGAUUUUUAAAUCAAAUACCAGUUGCUUUGUGCUCUCUCCCCCGGUUUAUCAACAACCAGUCACUUACAACAAACUUGACCUCCUGCCCACAGGGGAUCAACCGCCUUCUGGCCCCCGUCUUUGGUCUUUGGUCUUUGAGGUUGUCAGAGUAUUUGGAUCACUGAGCCUACCUGCACUGUGGGGCCAUGUCCUUUCUUUUGUCCCAAGCCCUCAGACUGAUGCAUGAAUGUGUGUCCUGCCUUGGUAAGGAGUUCUCCACCCUUACAAACUAGAGGAAAAUUCACAUAGGUUUCCUGUUUCUCCUUUUAAAAAUCCCAACCCUUGUAUAGCUAGCAGGGAGGUGCUGGAGGGAUGGGAUAAAGAAGAGUGUGUGAGAGCAGUGGUUUCCCAAGAUUGCCCUCCGUGGGCCUUUAUUUCAGAAAACAUAAGGGGAGGGUGACAUCUCUGGUCACAUGCAGUGCCCUCCCCUCUCCUGACCCCCUGUGGGUCAUGUGUGUGCUGCCCGGCUCCCUCCAGCUCUGCCAGCACCACACCUACCCACUUCCUGUCUCACCCCAUGCAGACCCAUGGCUGCAUGAUUCCAAGUGACAACACAAGUACAAUUUGCAGAAGCUGAAAGGCUUCCCCCACUCCAUCUUCAAAGAAAAAGCCACUAAAUAAAUCACAUUUAGUAAGUCAGUGAAAGUUAAACAUAUUAGUAAAAGAAAAUCUGAAUGAACUAGAAUCCACCUAUCUAAACACAAAUCAGUGUUGGCAGUUCAGUAACAUGGAUGAGGAAUGGUGCCAGCCACAGGGGAAUGGCGUGGAGCCCACGAGGAGCAGCGAGACACACUGGGGACAGCCCAUCAGCUCCUCAUCUGGUUGAUCAGCUUGCUGAUGCUGGGCAAGACACCUGUUCUCUUGACACCUGCCCAAACUACCCCCCAAAGUGACUUACUGAGGAUGAAAAACAUAGUAUUUAAGUGGUUACUUCAGUGAGCCGGGAAAUAUUUACUGAGUUUAAAGCACAGGACUAAAUAGUAAUAAUAAUUGGAAGCAGAAGCAGCAGCAACAGCAGCAGCAGCAGCUACCAUUACUUGCCCUCAUUACUGAAAAAACAAACCAGUGCCUGGGAGUAUCUCUUUCUGACCAAUUUGAUGCAUUAGCCAAACUGACCAAAUCACAGCCUAAGGGCAGAGGGCUGAAGGGCUGAAUGGAAAUCCUUGUCUUUAGGUAACCUAUCUUAAAUUUGCAAUUUUUAAAAAUAAAUUCUCAUUUAUCACCAAUAAGGUGAUCUGGAAAGGACAGGAUCUCCUCAUGAGAUAUGAGCUGCUCAGUUUCCCUGGGGUUGGGUUUCAGGCCACUCCCCUGGGUCUCAAACCACUCCCCUAGGACUCAAGAUCUGAGCUACUGUUGCUCAUUGCACCUAUUUUCAGCACAAACACAUGGAGACUGAGACUGCUGGAGGCAGAUUUAUGUAAUUCCAGUGGCUGAGCAUGCUCAGUAGAGAGAAGCUUAUCUUAUGAAUGACCUUCCACUGGAGGUCCUAGAGAGCACCUAGCAUAUUUUAAGUGUAUUUGGUGGAAUUUGAUCAAUGAGUAUGUUCCGAAGAGACCAACUGAGCAUGUGCAAGUCUAUGUUACAUAACCUGUUACAUAAUGGGGAACCACUCCCCCUUAGAUGAAUAUUCAUUAGAUAGUGUGAAUAUGUAUAGAUAGUCAAACUAUAAAAGUUAAAUCCAGGAAGAAGGCAGGGCUGCUGCUCACUCUCUCUGGGGCCAGCCCACACUUCACCUGUGAGGUGUGUAUUUCAUGCUUUUUCUGUUAAACCUGCCUUUAGCCGGCUGCUGCUGACUGUCUCAAGCAAGCCUGCACUUUGUCUGUGAAGUGUGUAUUUGUUACUUUUGUAUCAAACUUGCUGCAGCUAUGCUCACUCUCUGGAGCCAGCCCACACUUUGCCUGUGAAGUGUGUAUUUCUUAUUC